AGCCCGCUGGACGCCUCCUUCACUGUAACAGCAAUGGCGUUCUGUUGAGAUAAUCCGCCAACAAAAUAACUGUUGAGGAAUGAAAUGAUGCUUCGUUUUGCUCAUUGCAAUCCUCAAACCCAUCUUCGGAAGCUCAUAUUUUUGCCAUCUAGCAUCAAUCUUUUACAUAUGGGCUCCAAAUUCUUCUUCAAACCUGCAACGCUCCCUUCACUUUCUCCACCUCCUCCUUUCUCUUCAACUAGAAACCCGUAUCACACUUUCAAGCGUCUCUUACCAGUAGCUUGUUCAAAACCCAUAUCUAAAAUCCCUCCUUAUAAAGCUAAUGGCUUUACUUCCCAGGCAACUGUUCCAACGCCAGUAUAUGGAGAGGAGGAGGAUCUACAGACAUUGAAUUUGAAGCUUCUAAAGGGAAAAUUGGAAGAGUUGGGUAUUGAAAUGGAUAAUUUUGUUCCAGGACAACAUAAUCAUUUACUAUGUCCAAGGUGCUAUGGUGGUGAUUCAAGGGAGAAAACUUUGGCUCUUUUUAUCAAUCCAGAUGGGAGUGGUGCGUCCUGGAAUUGCUUUCGAGGUAAAUGUGGGUGGAACGGUGGAACAAGGCCUUAUGCAAUUCCAGGCAGCAACUUCACAUUUGUAAGUCCAAUCCAAGAAAAAAAAGUUAAGAAGAAUAGAGAAAUCACUGAGAAGAGUCUGGAACUGGAACCACCAUGUGAUGAGCUUCUUUGUUACUUUGCUGAGCGAUUAAUAACAAAAAAGACACUGCAGAGAAACCGUGUUAUGCAAAGGAGCUAUGGUAAUCAGAUUUGUAUAGCAUUUACUUAUUGGCGAAAUGGAGUGCUCACCAGCUGCAAGUAUCGAGAUUCUACCAAGAGAUUUUGGCAGGAAAAGGAUACAGAAAAAAUAUUUUAUGGGCUGGAUGAUAUCAAGGGAGCUGAUGAAAUCAUCAUUGUUGAAGGCGAAAUGGACAAGCUUGCAAUGGAAGAAGCUGGAUUUCUUAAUUGUGUGAGUGUUCCUGAUGGUGCGCCUCCAUCAAUUUCCUCCAAGGACUUGCCACCUAAAGACAAGGACACAAAAUAUCAAUAUCUGUGGAAUUGCAAAGAGUACUUGAAGAGGGCUUCUCGCAUAAUACUUGCCACUGAUGGAGAUCAACCUGGUAAAGCUUUAGCUGAGGAGAUUGCUCGUCGUGUUGGAAGAGAAAGAUGCUGGAGAGUUAGUUGGCCCAGGAAAAAUAAAGACGAAUAUUUCAAAGAUGCAAAUGAGGUUCUCAUGUUUCUGGGUCCUACUGCACUCAGAGAUGUUAUUGAGAAUGCAGAGUUAUACCCUAUUCGUGGAUUGUUCAGCUUCAAGGAUUUCUUUGGUGAAAUUGAUGCAUAUUAUCAUCGGACUCUUGGGUAUGAAAUGGGUGCCUCAACUGGGUGGAAGGCUCUAAAUGGGUUAUAUAAAGUUGUGCCAGGAGAGUUGACCAUAGUAUCUGGGGUUCCCAAUUCUGGUAAGAGUGAGUGGAUUGAUGCACUCUUAUGCAAUCUUAACAGAAGUGAAGGCUGGAAAUUUGCACUUUGCUCCAUGGAGAACAAAGUUCGGGAGCACGCUAGAAAACUUUUGGAGAAGCACAUAAAGAAACCCUUUUUUGAUGCACAAUAUGGAGGGACUGCUGAACGAAUGACUGUUGAGGAUUUCGAGGAAGGGAAGCAGUGGUUGAAUGAUACAUUUUACCUCAUAAGAUGUGAAGAUGACAAACUUCCAAGCAUAAAUUGGGUUCUUGAUCUUGCAAAAGCAGCAGUUCUGAGGCAUGGAGUGCAUGGACUUGUAAUUGAUCCCUACAAUGAGCUUGACCAUCAGCGUCCUAUUAGCAUGACUGAAACAGAGUAUGUAAGUCAGAUGCUUACACUGGUCAAACGAUUUGCUCAACAUCACUCUUGCCAUAUUUGGUUUGUUGCACAUCCCAGACAGUUACACCAUUGGGUCGGGGCUCCUCCAAAUCUGUAUGAUAUAAGUGGCAGUGCCCACUUCAUAAACAAAUGUGACAAUGGGAUUGUUAUUCAUCGUAACAGGGAUCCACAUGCUGGACCUCUAGAUCAAGUUCAGGUAUGUGUGCGGAAGGUGCGAAACAAGGUUGUUGGAACCAUAGGCGAAGCUGUCUUGUCAUAUAAUAGGGUGACCGGCGAAUUCAUGGAUAUCGAUUAAUGAUCUGGGAAGAAGAUGGCCAACUGUAUCAUCUUGUUGAAAAGCACUUGUAUAUUCCAGUAGGAGGUAUAGAUUAAGAUGAUAUAUUGCUGAAAUCUCUCUUUUCUUUUUCAUUUUUUUUUUUCUGUAAAUUUUUUUCCUAGAACUGUCCUAUAUUAAGGUGAUCACUAUACCAUCAAAAUUGUUGUUUAAUUAUGGUAGGUAACCCAGUAAUCUAAUUUUUGCAAGCUAGUGCUUUAUUUCUGUAAAUCAAAUCUUUGAAGACAA